CAGUCUACAAUCUUCAGUCUUCCGUCAAGUUGUGCGCUACAAAUCAAAGAAAACUAACAUAAAAAGAAAUUGGCAAACGAUCAAAAGAAAAAGCAAAACUAUAGCCAUGUUUAAGUCGAGUUUUACAAUUUUAAGCGCUCUGUUUAUGCUAAGUCUCUGCAUUUUAAUCAAAGCUGCGCCCUAUCAGGAGCUGGAGCCGCGCAAAGGUCAUGUCCCAGUCUACAUACGGCACGGCGAUGAGGCUCUCAGCCAAAUACAUCCCGGUCUGGCGGAGGCCUUCAAAGAGGGCAGCUCUCAGACACUUCAAGCGGAGAAUCUGGUAAAGGAAGUUUUACCAACCAAUCAAUCCCCAACGGAAUCAGAGACAACAACACCAAAGAUUCAGAGCUCAACUGUAUCGGAUAUAGCCAGUUUUGAUGUCAUCAAAGCUAUGCAGGAAUAAUGAAUGCAAUUCAAUAAAUGCGUGUAAUUCGAAUGUAUCUAUGAGAUACUUUCUGGUUGA